AUGUGCUCAUGUGCGCAUACGGUCCGCAUCUUGCAGUUCUGUUUUGUCGUUCUCCCGAAACUCCGAACCCCCAAACCCUCACUGUCCCAGCUAAGACCUUUCAAGCCGCAAUCCCUGCAGGCAAAGGGCUUCGAGACGCAAACAGUCAACGAGGCUUUCGCGGUCCUCCGUGAGGCCGUUUGGCGGGUCCUGGAGCUUUGGUACUUCGAUGUGCAGCUCCUCGGUGGCCUGGUGCUACACGGAGAGCGCCUGGCAGAGAUGAAAACAGGUGAGGGCAAGACCAUCGUCGCACUCCUUCCGACCUUCCUGGCGGCGCUGGAGGACAAGGGUGGCGUCUUCGUUGUCACGCCAAACGAUUACCUGGCCCGCCGAGACGCAGAGAAUGUUGGGCAGGUUCUGCGCUUUUUGGGCGUGUCUGUCGGCCUGGUGCAGUCCACUAUGGAGGUGAAAGAUCGGCAGAAAGCUUACAAGUCCGAUGUCGUGUACCUGACAAAUGCAGAGCUCGGCUUCGACUACUUGCGCGACAACCUCGCCGUGUACCCGCAUCAGGUCGUGCAGAGCAAGCCCUUCCAUUUUUGCCUCGUCGACGAGGCCGACUCCAUCCUGAUCGACGAAGCCCGUACCCCUCUGAUCAUCUCCGAGUCAGUGCCGGCUGUGCCGAGACAGUUCCAGGCAGGGAAGGAAGUGGCCACUGCGCUGCAGAAGGACCUGCACUACACUGUGGAUGAGAAGAACAUGAACGCGGUGCUGACGGACCUCGGUGAGAAGGUCGCCCAGGACUUGCUGGGCGUGGACAAUCUCUGGGAGCCCGAGGAAGCCUGGAUCUUAUAUGUGCUGAAUGCCGUGAAGGCCAAGGAGCUCUUCCAGCUCGGGGAGGAGUACAUCAUCCGGGAUGGCCAGGUGGCGAUUGUCGACACCUUCACCGGGCGAGUGCUCGAGGGCCGAAGAUGGUCCGAUGGCAUGCACCAGGCCAUUGAGACCAAGGAGAACAUCGACGUCAGUGUUCGCUCCCAGGUGUCCGCGCAGAUCACCUACCAGUCGCUCUUCCGCCUCUUCCCAAGGCUCUGUGCCAUGACGGGCACGGCGCUGACGGAGUCGGCGGAGUUCGAGGAGAUCUACGGCCUUCGCUGCACCGGCAUCCCCACGGCAAGACCCAACGUGCGCCGCGACUACCCGGAUGUGGUGUACAAGACGGAGGAGGCUAAGGUGACUGCCGUCGUGGAGGAGAUCAUCCUGAACAACCAGCGCAACGGUCGGCCUGUGCUGAUCGGUACCUCCAACGUGAAGAUGUCCGAGGCCAUCGUGACACGGCUUCGCGAGGCAGGAGUGGAGCCGCAGCUGCUGAACGCACGGCCCGAGUCCAUCGCAAGGGAGAACGAGACGAUCUCCCAGGCUUGUGCAAGGUUUUUCUACCCGCCCCGAACCGUAAGCCCCCGGCUCCGAUUGUGGAUGCAACCGAGUUUGAUGUGGCUCUCCUGUUGUUUGGAAAAAACUCUGACACGAUGGCAGUGCCAGCUGCGCAGCUACACUGCUGCUAGCAAGUGGGAUCGAGGGUGGCUCCUUCCAAACUUGAUGCAGGCUUGCCAGUCCUUACUGCCCCGAAUUUGGAAUUGCAUGAACCUCUUUCUGUCAGUUUCGAGUUGGGCAUUUCGGGGCUUCGCCUCUCGUGUCGGGCAACACUAA